AUGGAGAUGGACUCAAAGGAGCAGGAGGCAUGUGACAGUCUCAAGGGAGCAAUCACCAAUGCCCCUGUACUGGCUAAUGCAGAUCCUAGUAAACCCUACUUCUUAGAAACCAACACAUCUGGUGCUGCUUUGGGAUCCAUUCUUAGCCAAUGCCAAGAGGACAGACAACUACACCCCCUGGGUUUCCUAUCAGAAUCCUUCAAAGGCACAGAACAAAACUACAAUACUCACAACAAGGAACUACUAGCAAUCAUCUGUUCUUUUGAGUAUUGGCACAUAUUCUUGGAAGGAAUCUUGCAUGUUCAUUGCUGCCAUGCACAAUGGCACCUUCUGUUAGCCAGAUACAAUUUCCACAUUGUAUACCAACCAGGAAAACAGUCUGGUAAACCAGAUGCACUCUCCUGCUGCUCCAAUCCAGCUGAUAUUCCCUGUGCCACUCAAACAAUGCUCCCAGACCCUCCUAGACCAAGACAAAUCCCUGGAGGAAAUCCUUACAUUCCUUCAGAACAAGUCAAGGCACCCCUGUCCAUCAAACAAGCAUUUAAGGACUACCAAAUGGAGGCUGGCUUACUCUUCUACCAAGGACACAUCAUGGUCCUGGAUGUUGGCACCUUACAAACAGACUUGUUGAGGGUUCUCCAUGACAACCCAUUGGUGGGACACCCAGAAUGGCAAUGCACCCUAGAACUGGUUUCAUGGAAUUAUUACUGGCCAGGGAUACAAGUAGACACCUACUGGCAUGUGGAUUCCUGUGAAACUUGCCAACAAAUUUGGAAACCAAAGUAUGCUCCAAUUCCUCCUCUACCACUCAAGCUGGCACUGUGCCCCUGGCAACAUGUGUCCUACAACAUGAUUGUAGACCUACCUAAGGACAGCAACUGUGAUUCCAUCUUGGUCAUUGUGGAUAGCUUCAACAAAUAUGUCAUUUUGGUGGAAUGCUUGAAAAAGCUCAAAGCUCUGGAAUUGACAGACCUGUUCCUAUGCCACAUAUGGAAGAGGCAAGGUGUCCUAGAUACCUACAAAAUUCCGUUGCUCAAGGACAAUGGAUCCAACUACACAGCAUGGAAAUUCAGGCAGACAAUGGUCCUUUGCAUGCAAAAGUUACUCAGCAUUGCUACGGGAGCUGAACCAGCACCAGUUGCACUUACCAGCAAAGAAGCAAAAGACAGCAUCAAAGUGUCCCAACAGGCCGAAAAAAUGGCAAAAUGGAAGCAGCGGGACAACAAGGCAUUCUUGCAAAUCACCCUCAAUAUGGAGGAUGGUGUCAUGAACAACAUUGUUGAUACAACAUUGGCAAACAAAGCCUGGACGCGGAUUAUCAAGCGCUGGGAAGGCAAGGGCAUGCAAUUGCUGUCCUUCCUAUACCAACAAUUAAUGAGCACAAAAUUGAGGAAGAAGAGGACCUUACCACCGGGUUCAAUUUGA